UUACGACGACGAAGUACAGAAACAUAACAUUGACCGUUAUGCAGCCUACCGCCUAGACGAUAGGCCUCAUUGGUAAAUGGAACUCGCGCGUAAGAUCAAUUAUCUUGGGCACUUUUUCUCGCAAGUACCGAUGGCCGUAUUUCUCUGGCAGAUUUAAGACCAGGCUAGUCGCCCAUAUUAAUCAACAUGUUUCCCUUGCUAGGUCUUGGUUUUCUCGUGGCCGGGAUUUCUGCAGUCACCGCAGCUGGCAGCAGUAGCUGCACUGGUACAAUUUCGUCUUUGAACGACGUUAGUAGUGCCAUCAAAUGUACGACAGUGAAUAUCAACGCGUUCACCGUCCCUGCUGGACAAACGUUCGAACUGCAGCUGCUGGACGGUACCACUGUCAACGUUUUGGGCGACAUUCAGUUCGGAAACAUGAGCUGGGCCGGUCCCCUAUUCCAAGUCGGAGGAAAUGAUAUCACUUUUAAUGGAAACAACAAGAAGUGGGAUGGUGGAGGGCCUUUCUACUGGGAUGGUCAAGGUACGAAUGCCGGCAUAACAAAGCCACACCCAAUGAUGGGAAUAUAUAUCUCGGGCACCUUGAACGACGUUUAUGUUGUGAACUCUCCCGCCCACGCCUUUUCGAUUGGAAAUCCAGGACCUCUCACCAUCUCUGGCGUCACUAUUGAUGAUUCGCAGGGUAACUAUCCUAACUCGCAAAGCGGCAAAAAUUCUGCUGGACGCAACACUGACGGCUUUGACGUUGGCGGUAGUAAUUUAAUCAUUCAAAAUAGCACCGUCCUCAAUCAGGACGAUUGUUUGGCCAUCGGCAGGGGGACAAACAUCACUUUUGCCGACAACUACUGUGAAUACGGUCACGGUAUCUCCAUCGGCUCCAUCUCGUCAAAUGUCGUCGUCUCCAAUGUCGAGAUUUCCGGAAACAACGUUGUUAGCAGCGCAUACUCGUUCCGUAUCAAGACCGACGCAUCCGCGACAAACAGUAUGGUACAAAAUGUUACAUAUACCGCCAAUACUGCAACCAACUGUACCUAUUAUGGCGUUCUGAUUACCCAGAGCUAUCCCGCCAACAUGGGCACCCCGGGUAACGGGGUCACUAUCUCUGACAUCAACUUCAACCCUGGUACUACCUCCUUGACGGCCAACAGCGGUGCUUACAGAGUUGCAGUGAACUGUGGAAGUGGAUCGUGCAUAGGUAACUGGGAUUGGUCUGGUUUGCAUACAAGUGGUGGAAAAGCCGGAUCUAUCGUUAACAACAAUGUUAUUACUGGAUUCACACAGUGAUGUGGCCUAGCACUUAGCUUCAUUGCAGUCAAAAAACGUGGCUGCAUGCAGCUAUUGUGUUAUGUUUUCUCUUUGUUACACAUUCUUUUUUUACACAGUCGUUUGUAAUAUACACUCUUUUGCCCAAGAGGCCCUUCCGAGUCGAGGAAUCAAAAGUC